AUGCAUAGCGUAGGGGAAAUAGCUUCAGGUGGUGGAUCCUUCUUGGGCUCUUUUAAGGCUUCCUGCAUUCGUUCCCUUGAAUCUUGUCGCUUUGACAAGGUGAAACCAGUUAGGGAUACGGUCCUGCAGGCUCUACAGUGCUGGAAAAGUCUUCCAGGAUCAGAUACUCCUGAACCUUCAGAAGCUGGAUCUUCCAUAAAAGAGAAUUUCUGUGGAGGUGACUACAGUGAUAUCACUAGUGCUAGUGAAUCUGGACGGAAGGAUAUCACACUCAAGAAAGCUGUUACUGGCUCAACUAAGAGCAGGAUUCCUUUGUCUAUGAAAAAAACAUGUCCAAGUUAUGUGGAAAAUCAUCAACGUUCCAAUGAAGAUGAUUGGCAUAUUGAAAUUGCAGUUCCAAAAACCCACAAUGCUUCUUUGUCUGAAUUUAACAAUGAAGAAUCUGAGGGUAGCUCUAUUACAAAGACUUUAGAACGGACAAGCACAGAUUUUACAAGCACACAGGACAUUGGAUAUGAAUAUGUGCCUAUGGAUGAAAAGCAGGAGUGUUCAUCUGGGUCCAAUCUUGUCACAGAUGACCUUGAGGCGAAGUUUGUUACAGGUUCUCAUAGCAGUGAUAAAGGUGGUUUGCAGAAGCCAGUAGGAAGAAAUCAGCGAUUUGCAGCUGAAGAUAUUAGUAGUGAGAAACAGAUGUACUCUGAAAGGAUACAUGACCGUAGAAGUCUUGAUUCAACCGUGACAGAAUCUGGUUCCCAUUCUCCACAUGGAUGCUGUUCACAAAUGGCAAAUGAAAUGGUUUGCAUUAGAAAACAACUAGUGGAGAUUGAAACCAAACAGUCCAACUUAGUGGAUCUUUUACAGGUCUUUACGUCUGGCAUAAUGGAUAGCUUGUCUAUGUUACAAACAAGGGUGGUAGGUCUAGAACAUGUUGUAGAUGGAUUAGCUCAGACCUUUGUUCACAGGGGGGAGCAUUCCAAUUUAGCAACCUCCAAACUCAUGAAACAAAGCCAACCUGUGCAUUCUCCAAGACUCUCCACAAGCACUCCUAGGCCAUCUUUAGAUGUGCGCAACAGACAGCCUUCGUUGUUGUCAAUGAAACAUUCUGAUAUUUGGGAGGAAAACACAUUUGGCAGGAGCCAAGCGAAUAGUUCCGCAAAACAAAGUACAGAGACAUGGAGCAAUACUAAGGUGAAGCUUACCAGGAAUCCUACUGGGAAAGACAUUCGAAAAAUUCCUGGGCAGGGAACACAAAGGAUGGGUAAUAGUCAAACAAGGACUGAUGCUAUGUUUUCUUCAGCUUCUAGUACUAAAGUGAGACAAAAUGUGGUAGAAAGUAAGAAUAGCCUCUGGAAACAAGUGAAAGGUUUUCUAUGUGAAGGGGACCUAGACUCUGCAUAUGUGGAAGCUCUUUGUUCUGGCGAUGAAAUUGUUCUGGUUGAGCUUCUUGAUGGAACUGGUCCAGUUCUAGAAUGUUUGUCUCCUAAAACUGCCAGCGGUGUUCUGAGCAUUUUAGCAUCUUAUCUCCUAGAACAAAGGUUUAUCAAUACCAUAAUUCCUUGGUUGCAGCAGAUUGCUGACUUGAGCACCACUCAUGGACCAAAUUACCUUGGUCUGUCUGCAAAAGCAAAGCAAGAAUUCUUGUCUUCUAUCCAGGAAGCUGUGAACAUGGAAUUUUCGAAUCCUUCAGAGAGAAGAUCCGUUACUCAAUUAGCUGUGAAGUUGCAUCAUUUAUGGGGUAAGGCUACUUAA